AUGAGUCCUCGAUAUUUACAGUUGCCGAGUAAGCUGAAUAGCUUCAACAACUUGUAUAUUUCCCAUCACACACUGUUUUGCCGCCCAGUUUCACACAGUCGGCUUUGCCGGAUCCUUCACAUCAAGCGAGUCAGGAUUUCCCGCGGUCACCCUGGCUUCAACAUCCACAACAUCCACAGUAUCCAUAACGACCGUUGUAUCCAAGUUUUCAGCAGUACGGCUUUCUAUGCUAAUGGUUACCUAACAUGUAUCCAUAAUUUCAAGUUAUCAUGUAUCCACCGAAGAGGCCACGGUCGAGAUCCAGUUCCGUACUCCAUAGACCCGUACCGAGUUGAGCGCGGUUAUUCACUCAACCUUUUUGACGUAGCAUUGAUAUCGUGGGUCUUUGCUUGUCAAAAUUGA